CCCAGCGAAGCCCCCGUCGCAGCCUCGCAGGUUGCUCCAGGGAACCAUGAGUAGUGCUUUUGGUGGCCGUGUUCAGAUAAUGGGUAUGGCUUGGGUAUUGGUGGUGCUGUGGGCAGGUACUAUGGGCAUAGAGGAUCGUUGCUUGCCUGGAGGGAAGCACAAAGCAUCUCCAAGCCCAGAAGGACACCUGGGCAGCUGUCUUCUCUAUUCAGAGAAUGCCUGCUGCUCAUCAGAUGUCAUCCAGGACCUUUCCAAAGCCAACGACAUCUACUGGAAUCGCUGUGGGGGCCUCAGCAGCAGAUGUGAGCAGUAUCUUCAGCAAGUAGAAUGUUUUUAUCGUUGCUCCCCCAUUGCUGCCCAAUGGCCUCAUCCUCGUCGACCCACAGCUGUACUGGCUGUGCCUCUCUGCCAGAAUUUCUGUGACCAAUGGUAUGAUGCUUGCAAGGAGGACCUGACCUGUGCUCGCAACUGGCUUACUGACUGGCACUGGGGGCCUGAUGGGAAUAACUGCAGUCAGGAGUGCAUUUCAUAUGGCCAGAUGUACAAGGAUGGGAAGGAGCUCUGUGAGACCAUCUGGGAUGACUCUUUCACAGUAAACACUGAUCCCUGUGAGUGCCUAACACUGACUACUUCUGAUGCAGGCUUUUCAGCCUCUCGCUUCCACUAUGAAGAGGGUGACAACACUGAGGAAAGUGAAACCCCAAAGGAGAAUGGCAGAAGAGCUGGCUGGGGUGGCCCCAAAGGGCUGUGCCCAGGCAGCCCUCUACUCCAGCGUCUGAAAAAGAACCUGCAAAAGCGCUCUGUCUUCAUGGAAGAUGUGGAGGGGAGUGGCAGUGGUUUCUGAUCCAGUGAAGCCACCCCUUCAGGGGAAAUUAACCCCCUCCCCUGUGAUCGCCUGGGGCUGGGGGGAUCGCUUGUGAUCUAUGCAAAUCUGUCAUGUCCCACCUUUUACCAGCUUCUCGCCAUCUUGUCUAGCUCUGUGCAACUUGGUGUGGUCAUGAAAUAGGAAACAGA